CUCAUUUCGAAUUUUCAUCUCGCAACAUGACGGUGAAGCGAACUGCGCAGGCGACGUUGCAGUGUGACGCGCGAGGAGACCCGCCCAUACAGCUUCAGUGGACGCAUAACAUGAAGAGAGUCGACCUUACUACGUACCGGGUUUCAGUAUCAGAGAAGAGGUCGGAAAGUGGUGUUAGCUCGCAGCUGAGCAUAGCGCACGCCGAGCGCCACGACUCUGGAGUGUACCGGUGUCGGGCCGAAAACGCGUAUGGCAGAGACGAGCUACUUAUUUAUCUUGCUGUCCAAGGUAAACAAUAAAGGGACAGAAGACUUUCGAGCAAUGUAAAAUAAUACUAUUUACAAAAGUAAAUAGUAAAAGCGUUAUAAAUCAAGAGCCACAUAUUGCUCCAGGUCAUAAAAAUGGUGCUUUAUUUCUCUGAUCGAAUGGUUUUGAAGCCACAUAAAAGUGUCCAUUCUUUCGGAGACAUUGUUUCAUUUUAAUAUUGAAAGUUGGGACUA